UUGUCUCUAGGCCUAAAACACCAGGUGGAAUGGACUUCUCAAAUACUUCGAACCUCAACAGCACUGUGAAAUCACAGACUCUUUUCUGCUACGAGUCUUUGAGUGGAUCGUGUGUGAGGUUUGCUCGACCCCUGAGCGUUCAGGUUCCGAUGUUCACAUCGAUGGUGUUGGCCAUACUGGUGACUGUUAUUGGGAAUCUUCUGGUCAUCACCUCCAUUGCACACUUCAAGCAGCUUCAAACCUCCGUAAACCAACUGCUCGUCUCCUUGGCUGUGUGUGACCUCCUUCUGGGAGUGUUUGUAAUGCCGUGCAGUGCUGUGCGCUCUGUCCAGGGCUGUUGGUACCUAGGAGGGUUUCUGUGUAAGCUUCACACCAGCACUGAUAUUAUGCUGAGCACAUCCUCCAUCUUCCAUCUAUCCUUCAUCUCCAUUGAUCGUUACUUUGCUGUCUGCAGGCCACUGUCGUACAGACUGAUCAUCACCAAUAACACUGUAUUGAUCAUGAUCACCACCAGUUGGCUGGUCCCUGCCAUUUUUGCUUAUGGAAUGAUCUUCCCUGAGAUCAAUCUGAAAGGAAAGGAGGAUUUCUAUGAAACACAUGUCAAGUGCAUUGGAGGCUGUCAGGUGUUCUUUAGUCCAGUGGCAGCUUUAGUAGUAUCCUCCUUCUGUUUUUACAUCCCAGGCAUGAUCUUGAUUUGUAUAUAUUCCAAGAUAUAUUGGGUUGCCAGGGCUCAGGCCAGGUCCAUUAAAGAUUUAUCUCGUCAGUUUAAAGAGGCAGACUCUGGACGUAGAGAGAGACGAGGGGCAAAUAUUCUGGCAAUAGUAGUGGGAGUGUUUCUAAUCUGCUGGAGUCCCUUUUCCUUGUGCCUCAUCAUUGACCCUUUCAUACAGUACUCCAUCCCCCCGCUGUUGGGGGAUACCCUGGUUUGGUUUGGAUAUUUGAACUCUGCUUUUAACCCUAUUGUCUAUGCUUUCUUUUACACUUGGUUCAGGAGGGCUUUGAGAAUCAUCAUCAGUGGUCACAUCUUUCACAGAGGUUCUUGUAGAUUUAGAUUGUAUUCUGAGUAAAGUUUCAGUUGACAUUGUAUGAUGUGUGUUCAAAUAAAUCUAUGAAUUGGGAUGGGAUGUAACAUGUAACAGUUAUGCAACUAAAAGAUAAAGCUUGAGUGAAAAUGUAACAGAAGCUGCUUUUAACCUGUUUCAUAUAAAGCUGUUUGCCUGAAAUAAAUGUGUUUCAAUGCCUGUGCCUAUCACCUUGUUUAAUAGUGUUCUUUGUCUCCUCCUAGUGCCGGAACAGU